AUGGUUUUUGUUACCGCUUUGAUUCUCCUUGGAUUUUUUCUUGGGGUGGUGGUGGUUGUGGCCGCCGAAGCUAUUGGCUUUUUGUGGGUGUUACAACGAAUGCGUAAAAGGAUCAGCAGAGACCAAGCAAAAAUCGCGUCGAAAACGCAACCGGUUGUUGCUCAAAGUGAUUCCCAUCAACAGUUGCUCAAAAAGGAGGGUGUGGUUUGGGUUUUGGAGCCUGACAAGGUUUCAAAAUUGUGGGUAGAGAAGCAGGCAAAGGAGCAGAAGAAGAAAAAAGAUGUGUUGGAGGUGACUCCUGUUAGGAAGUAUGGGAAAAUUAAUGGGCAGUCACUUGUGCUCACAGAUGCUGAUGGCUUUCUCACCACCAUUCAGCUUAAGGGGUGCUUAGUGGAAGCUGUUUCAGCAACAAGUCUUCCGUCAAAAAAAUGGGCGAAAAAAUACCCCAUCAAAGUGGAAGCCAAGACCAGUGUGAUCUACCAUGGAAGCAAGACUUUGUAUGUGUAUCUUGAGACUGCAUGUGAGAAAGAAGCAUGGUGUAAGGCCCUCCGUCUAGCUUCUUCUGAUAAAAAAGAAAAGCAUGAGUGGUUUGCCCAGUUGCAAGAUGAGUUUCAUAGUUAUGUGACAUCAUUAAAUACUGAAUAUCAUUCUCUUAUGAAACCAUCAGUAGGAUCAAGUGCUGAGGCAAUAGAAAGGGCUAAUAAGCAUGAUGGUGGUUCCUCUAAGGUUCGUCAAUUUUUUAAAAAACUUACCAAAAAAUCUUCCCGAGUUGGAGUGGAAAAUAAACCAGCUUGGACUUCAUUGUCAGGCCGUGAAGAAAGAAAGAACACUGAGAAGCUUCGUGCUUGUCAAGAUGCAGUUUUAGGCACCACUUACUUGAAAUCUACUUCAUCAGCAAACCUUCUAAAAAGUCCCUUGUUAGAUAAUUCUGCGCCAUCAUCCCCUUCACCAAGUUUUGACUUAGAUGGUGAUGAAAAGUUAGGUAUUGAUGAAGGAACAUUAUGUUGGAAUUUGUUGGUUUCUCGUCUCUUUUUUGAUGUAAAAGAAAAUAUGCGAAUGAAGAAAUCCAUCCAAGAAAGGAUUCAGAGGACAUUGGCAAAUAUGAGAACUCCCAGUUAUGUAGGUGAAGUAAUCUGUACAGAUAUUAACAUGGGAAAUGUUCCACCCUGUAUCAUUCGAAUGAGGGUUCUUCCAAUGGAAAUGAGUGAGGUGUCUGCCUUAGAGGUUGACAUUGAAUAUUCUGGUGGUGCAUUAUUAGAAAUUGAAACAAGGCUUGAAGUAGGAGAACUAGAGCUCGAAAAGGAAACAGAGGACUCAAAUCCAGAAUCAAGCAAUGUUGAGACUGUUCCAUCAGAUAUUCUUGAACGAUUUGAAUAUUUGGGUGAGGAAUUGAAUCUUGCAGAAGGAAUGAAUGAUGUUCAAGAGCCAAAAGGAGAUGAUAUGUCUAAGAGCUUUAAGAGCUGUACAUCUUCCUCAUCUCAAGGAUCAAGAUGGAAGUCUAUGUUAAAUACUGUUGCCAAGCAUGUUUCACAGGUUCCUCUCUCCUUGGGAAUAAGGAUGGCAUCCCUCAAAGGGACAUUGCGUUUGCAGAUAAAGCCACCUCCCUCUGAUCAAUUGUGGUUUGGUUUCACAUUUAUGCCUGAUAUAGACUUCAGCUUGGAAUCAUUUGUUGGCGAACACAAGAUAACUAAUUCACACAUAGCUUUGUUUCUGGUCAAUCGGCUCAAGGCAGCAAUCCGGGAUACUUUAGUGCUCCCAAAUUGUGAAAGUAUAUGCAUUUCAUGGAUGCUAGCCGAAAAGGAGGAUUGGGUUCCUAGGAGUGUUGCUCCAUUCAUGUGGAUCAACCACGAAUCGGGACACGAGACUUCAACCUCAGUUGAUACCAAUAAUCAACCUUCUGGUGGAUUCAAAGCUACUGCAAGGACCUUAAAUGAUGGUCCAGAUCAUAAACCACAAAAACCACCUAAGUGUACCAAAUCUAGUCAGGAACCAGCUAGGAAAUCAGAUUCUGUGGCAUUUCCACCAAUUUGCUCAAAUUCAUUAACAUUAAGAAACAGUAAAAGUUCGGAAGAACUGACAAGAACUUUGUUAGAAAAUGACAAACCACAAGAAACAAAAGAUUUGCAAGAACAUCGCACUACUUCAAUGCAGAAUGGCGAUACGCAUGAAGCUAAUGAGGUGGUGAAGAUGGGGGAUAUUUCUGUGACUGAAUCACCACCCAGAAACGUGGUGAUAUACAAACAGUAUAGUUCAAUUGAACAGGACGAUUCAAGGCCAAGGAAAGUUGGGAGAAGGGAAAAAAUGCUUGAUUUGAAAAAAAGGAUGAGUGAGAAAUUUGAAGAAAAAAAGCGCAACUUUGAAGAAAGAGGUAGGAACAUUGUUGAGAAGAUGCGAGGACCAUGA